AUGAUUGACUCAUGGCGACUAACCGACCGUCAACGCUUGUUAGACACCUCACUGUCUAUGAGCGAGCUGAACGCUCUCGGUGGAGUGAGUAACACUCGAAAACUUUCAGCGCCCCCUCCACUGCCACUGCCCCUACUCCCACCCCCACGUCCCCCUGAGACGUAUCGACGACAACUGCACAGUCGUGCUCAAACUGAGGAACCCAGACGCGAGACGAUAGUGUCCUCGAAGGGAUCCUCUGUACGAUUCCUCGGCUUCUGGAAGCGGCCAGAGGCGAAGAAGAAACAGCAGCAGCAACAAGGAGAAGGGAGAGUGCAAGAAGAGCUGAGGAGUGGAGGGCCAAGGCCUCAACGGGUGGCAACGACAGCGGCGGCAGCGGGAGAGGAGAGAGAGCUACUUGAAGUGGCCGCUGAAUUAAAGUGGCUCAUCUUGGAGAGUAGUCGACAACUCACGGAUCUUUGCCGCGAGGAGGAGCGUUUGACCGGUCGACUGCCCGUGGAGUGCAUUCCGGAGUGCAAAGCAGGUCACUCAGCAGGUCCGUUGACAGUGAUCACCCGAUCCAUAACCUGUCAUAGUCCUGGCAGCUUUCCAACUGAUUCAUCAAUCACUCCACGAUCGGCAGUCUCUGCUACGGCGGUCCCACGGGAAUUCUCCGCCACGACGGUUUCAAUGAAUGAGUCCUGGUCGCUUAAGCGGCUACCGCCAACAGCGAUCGAGCGCUUCGACUCAACAGGGAGGACCACAAUCUCCUCCACCCUGUCGACUUCAAGCACGUCGAGGCAGCGGGAGCAGCAUGGUGGCCCACAUUGCCAGAUACCUUCCCAUUUGAUCGACCAAAAGUCGAAGGUUGUGAGUCGUGUGCAUCCGCCGUUGAGGGUGUCGGCCAGUCGGGGCGUCUAUGAGAUGGGCAAUUGGCUGAGCGAAUCGCAGACUAACUACCGGCAGGUGCAGUCUAGACGAGGGACGAUUGUCCUCUCUGAAGCCUGUCGGCAAAGUUCAGAACCACCGAUAGUGUUCAAGGCAUGUGGAAUUGGUAGUUACUCUCUUUUGCCAAGUAAGCGAAGGGCGGAGGGGAUAAAAGCGCCAGCAAUAAAUCCCACAGAAAAUUGGGCCACGAUGGUGCCCAAGGGAAAAUCAGAUUUUGUCAUUACCAAUCUUUUGGUGCACAAGGGGCUGACUAACCUCGCUGCAGGCGUGAUUCCAUUCAGUUCGGUUCCCUUCUUGUUGUCGAGUGACUGUGCAAUGGCUCAAGGACACGCUCCUGAUGCGAUGGCUGACUACUCCAGAGAGGUCUUCUACAGCCCCCACCAGCGCCAACAUAAUUAUCGUUAUUACCAACAGCAGCAGCGGCAGCAUUAUCACCAUUAUCAUCCGCAGGAGGAGCAGCAGAAGCAUCAGAGACUAAGACAACGUUUUCCUGCCUACGAGACGGGAGACGAGGCAGUGGAGCGAAUGCAGGUCGAAUUGAGGGCGGGGCACGCACCACAGUGGAGCGUAUCGGUGUCGCCGCAGUCGGUGUCGCGGCGCGAAAAGACACCCGGACCGCCUCAAGCUGCCUUCUACAUCAGUCCGCGUAAUCCUCCCGACUACAGCCUUGGAGCCAGGCAAAGCUGUCCGCUCUGCACUCACUCUAGAUCGGCGUAUCCGGAGCAUGAGGGGGAGCACACGAGGACGAGAAACUACGUGACUGCGAAGAGGACAGCAGUCUAUCGUGCUGGUGACAGGCCUGCUGUGAACUUUAAUCUUAAUGAAACACCCAGAUAUCGCGUCUACGUUGGCAAUUUGCCCAAGAAUUGUCUGCAGUCUCACCUGGAGGAAAUAUUCGAUGGAUGCAAGAUUGCAAGCAUUACUAUGGUACACGAUAGCAACACAGAUAAAUUUAAAGGCUAUGCCUAUGUGGAACUUAGAGACGAGGACUCCUACAACAAAGCCCGGUCAUAUGACAAAACAAUUGUCAACGGCCAAGAAAUACGCGUAAAUGAUGCAGAAAGAGGCGGCAACCGUGGUGCUCGCGGUCGUGGUGAUUUCAACGGAAGAGCUGGCAAUGUGCGUGGCGGUGGUCGACAGGGUGGGGUGGGCGGUAACGGAUUUGGCAAUCGUCCACGUCCAGGAGCUUAUCGCCCGCGUGUCCAGCCUGGUGUUGCUGGUUUUCAUGAUGACUAUCCUACACCUCCACUCAGUAACCGUUCGGGUGGCGGAUAUAUACCUCCCCCAAAUUUCGAUGCCGCCGAUCGUCCACGUCUUUCCCUUAAACCGCGGUCCACUCCCGUUAAUGCACUUAGCCAGGAACGUGAGCUUUCUGAACGAUCAAAAGCUAUUUUCGGGGUUGGUAAACCGCGUGACCCCAGUCCUUCUAGGUGUGCGAACAUCAGCAUCGUCUGGUUUUCCCAAUGUACAAGUUUUGUGUCCCUUCCUACCUAUGUACACAUUCAUACACGAGCUGCCCCACCCUGUCUUCCCAAUAGCACAUUUAUGCGUAACUCACUGGAACGGCGAUACCUCAUAGACGGUGUCAAAAUCCACUCUUUGCCAUCGCUGGACAUCGGAACAGGCUGUCAUCCCCUCUUCUAA